AUGGGCAUCAAAGAACCGCUGAUUGUGGAAUACAAGAACAAAUGGUACGAUCUCACAGAUUUCGCGCACAAACAUCCGGGUGGGAAAUACUCCCUCACAGGUCUGCACAAACGAAGCAUGGAGGAACGUUUCGAUCGAGCCCCGGGCCAUUCCCAAGCAGCCCAAUACUUGAUGAAGGAAUACCAGAUAAAUUCGGCGGACGCCAACAAAGAAACUAAAAUGAACGGUUACUCUCUAAAUGGUUCCAAAACACCCCUGAAUGGUUCUUCACCUCCAAAGAACGGCAUCAAGCCAGCGGUCAAUGGAUUUCACACGAGUCACACCACGACCACCGAGGGCGAUGUUACGCGCCUAACCGAUGAUAGUAUGGAGCACCUGGUCGAUUGGAACAAACCGAUGGUGUUCCAGAUACACAAGCUUGGGGAAAAGUACGCCGAAUGGGUGAACAAACCCGUCGAUCGAGAGCUGCGCCUGUUUGGCCCGUCCUGGGUGGAAAACAUGACCAAAACGCCUUGGUGGAUUGUGCCCGCUUUUUGGAUACCGGCCAUCGGGUACAUUAUCGCCCAGCUAGGAGCGCGCGAUUUGGCCACGGGAAAAGGAUUUCCCAGCUGGACGCAAUCAUUUUUCACAGUUGAUCUGUACCUUCAUCUAGUCGUUGGAGCUUGCGCCUGGACGCUGCUCGAAUAUACGCUGCAUCGGUGGGUUUUCCAUAUGGAUCCGAAACAGAACCGAUUCCUGCAGACGUUUCAUUUUCUGAUCCACGGGCAACACCACAAAGUUCCGUUCGAUUCGUACCGGCUGGUGUUUCCAGUGCCACCAGCCAUCCUGCUAACAACCAUUUUCUAUCAGCCUGUGUACUAUACGUUUCCAUAUCCAAGGCUUACGCUCGCCGGGGGAUUGAUAGGAUACCUCAUCUACGACAUGAUCCAUUAUUAUCUGCACUAUGGAAGCCCGUCCGGAGGUCAUUUGUAUCAUAUGAAACGGUAUCAUUACUCACACCAUUUCGUUCACCAUGAUCAAGGAUAUGGUAUCAGCAGCGACUUGUGGGAUAAAUUGUUUGGAACACGCAUAAUACUACGAAAGCUAAAGUAUCUGCUGAAAUGGUAAAGAGCACCCCACAGACGCUAAACAUACGCAUAGGGCAUAUAAGCAGUGUGGUCAUCCACGGGGUGGACGUACAUUAAACUGGGCUGUAAUUUUUCAUAAUAAACUCCAACUUCUUUCGUAGAGACGGUUGGUUGCAUUGUAAUUUUAAAGUGCUUUUGUUUAUUACUCCUUUUGGGUUUACUUGUUUUGUCUUAUUUCUCUAAAUUGCAUUUAAGUACGAUAUACCUUUGUCACAGAUAAAAAAUAUUUUUAAAUAAAUUGCAGCUGUAGAAUUUGCUUUCCACGAUUUGGAAAAUAAAAGCUAGGAAGUAUCCUACUAAAAAAUAGUACAUAAAGCUAGGCAUAAAAUAAUAAAGAUUUCCUGAUCUUCAGAUCACCAUACGAAAUAGUAUGUUGUACAUUAGAAUAGUCAGGUAUGCUACGAGAAUAGUAAAAAAGUAGUAAUUGCAAUAUGCAGAACUUCAUAUGAGAACUUCAUAAAAUGAUCACAUAUCACUUCCACCAAAACUGCACAGCGAACUCUGGCGUCCACUUGCUGAUAUGAUACGAUCGUGGUUUGCGUUAUUUUCUUUUUGGUUUCGCUAUGCUCAACAGCCAACACCAGCGCGAAU